AUGGGAAGUUUUAGCUACAUUUUCUGUCUGGGCCUUGCUCUGGUCAGCAGUAUUAAUGCCAUUGAACUUUUGGCCGAGCCAGAGAAUGGACCAGUUGCCUAUGAGUUCCAUUGGUCUGUCAAUGAUCCUCACACCGGGGACAUUAAGAGCCAAAAGGAGACACGCAAGGAUGACAAAGUUGAGGGACAAUAUGAGCUAAUUGAUUCCGAUGGUUACAGGCGAAUCGUUCAAUAUAGAGCCGACGAUCACAGUGGCUUUGAGGCCAUUGUUCAGCGUGAGCCGACCGAUAUUAAGAUUCCAUUACCAGAGGCACCCAAGAAGCUUUUGGCUGCCAAGAUCUUAACUCCUGUUCUACCGGUGGCUCCAUUGGUUCACUAUGCCUCGGCUCCCAAGGCCAUACUAAAACAGGAUUUGGCAGUGGGCAAUUAUGUUUCGGUAUCAGGACCAACGGCUCAAUAUAAAUAUUAA